AUGGCAAAAGUGAGAAUCAUAUCCACGGAUGAGGUCUCUAAGCACCGAACCUCAGAGGAUUGCUGGAUCGUGGUCGACAAGCAAAUAUGGGAUGUGACGAACUUCCUGGACGAACACCCGGGCGGAGCCAACAUUAUUCUCAAGUAUGCUGGCCGCGAUGCAACCGAGGCCUACUCCACAGUACAUGCUCCGAGUGUCCUGCGAUCCAACCUUGCAUCGGAGCUGCUCAAAGGUGAACUUGAUGAAUCCACCAUUGACAAAGAUUGGCUCAAGCCUCCACCCAGCGAGAAUCGUCAAGUCGUGGUACGCCACGAAAAGCCUCCACUAGAGACCUUAAUCAACGCCCAUGACUUCGAAGUGGUCGCUUCAAAGACUGCUACUCCCAAGACGUGGGCAUUCUACUCCAGCGCAGCUACAGAUCUGAUCACCCGAGAUGCCAACAAGUCGUGCUUUGACCGAAUCUGGUUCCGACCUCGCGUGCUCAGAAACGUGCGGACAGUCAAUACCCACAGCAAGAUUCUGGGCCAUAAUUGCAAGCUUCCACUGUUUGUGAGCCCGGCAGCAAUGGCAAAGUUGAUCCAUCCCGAUGGGGAAUGCGCGAUUGCGCGGGCAUGUCAAAGGAAAGGGAUCAUGCAGGGCAUUUCUAAUAAUUCCUCGUAUACCUCGGAGGAACUGCGAUCGGCAGCGCCGACAGCCAGCUUUUUCUUUCAACUCUAUGUCAAUCGCGACCGAGCCAAGUCUGCUGCAUUACUCCGUCAAUGCUCUGACAAUCCAAAUAUCAAGGCAAUCUUCGUCACAGUGGACGCAGCUUGGCCAGGCAAGCGGGAAGCCGACGAGCGAGUCAAAGCCGACGAGGGCCUCUCGGUACCCAUGUCACCGUCCAAAGCGCAAAAUGACAAGAAAGGUGGCGGUCUUGGCCGCGUGAUGGCGGGAUUUAUCGAUCCCGGCCUGACGUGGGAGGACCUGCGAUGGGUUCGACAGCACACGCAUAAACCAGUGUGUCUGAAAGGAGUGAUGUCUGCAGACGAUGCGAUGCUUGCCAUGAAGGCAGGUCUGGAUGGUAUUUUACUAAGCAAUCAUGGGGGCCGCAAUCUGGACACCAGUCCCCCGUCCAUCAUCACUCUACUUGAGAUUCAGAGGCGGUGCCCCGAGGUGUUGGAUCGUAUGGAGGUCUACGUUGAUAGUGGGAUUCGACGGGGCACCGAUAUUCUCAAAGCGAUCUGUCUGGGAGCGACGGCGGUGGGCAUGGGCCGUAGUAUGUUGUUUGCAACGAAUUAUGGACAAGACGGCGUGGAACAUCUCAUUGACAUCAUGCAAGACGAACUGGAAACGGCCAUGCGCAAUGUCGGUAUUACAUCGCUGGAGGAGGCAUGUCCUGAUCUGGUUCACACGGGUGAUAUCGAUCACUUGGUUCCGUCAUCCCGUACUCACCCUUAUGCUCGGGCCGUAGCCAAAGGCCGACGAGUGACUUCGCGGCUGUAG